GUGGCGCUUAUACGAAAGCAAAAGAAUCAAAAAAAAGAAACGAAAGAAAACAUAUCAAAGUAAAAAAACUAUGGAGACUAUAUGCUGUCUACAGCAAUCUACAGUCUUCAUAAAGAAAAACAUAACCACUUUAUAUUGUUGGCGUUUAUAAAACGAAUUCAUUUUUGUGUUACGAACUACUCUAAUUAAUUAUUAAACGUGAAAUAAUUUAUAAAACAUGGAACCGAACGAAAUCGAAAAACUUGAGUAUCUUUCUUUAGUUUCCAAAAUUUGUACUGAAUUAGAGAAUCAUUUAGGACUCAAUGAUAAGGAUUUAGCUGAGUUUAUUAUUCAUUUGGCAACAAAAAAUCCGACAUCUGAAGGAUUCAAACAAGCAUUGCAAGAAAAUGGUGGAGAACUUUCGGAUUCGUUUAUGGAUAAUUUACUUCGAAUAAUUCAGCACAUGAAACCUGCUAAAUCAUCAAAAAUUAAAGAUGCGGAUAAAAAUUCAAAACAGAAUGAAGCUGCGAAAAAAUAUCCAGUGUUGGUUUUAGCAAACCAUGCACCAGUACCUCUUUCAGAUGAUGAUGAGGUAAAUGAAGCAAUGGCGACACUUGAAGCUUCCGCACCCUCGUCGUUACAAAAAACUAAUGAUGAGAAUCAUAAAAAUCCAAAGAAAGUGGAAAAAAAAGAAAAACACCGAAGGCGCUCACGAUCUAGAUCUAGAUCAAGGGAACGACGACAUCGUUCAAGAAGUCCACAGAAAAGAAGAUCUCGUUCCAGAGAUCGGUCUAAAUCAAGACAUCGUGAUCGAUCGAGGUCAAGGAAUCGUAACAGUAAACGAAGAAGAUCAAGAAGUCAUCACAGAUCAUCUUCAAGGGAUCGAAAACAUCGAAGAAGAUCAAGAGAUAAAUCUAACCGUGACCAUAGAAAAAAUAAAAUGAGCCGUUCAAGAUCUCGUUCGUCAGAAGAGGUUCCUUUAGAUCCUGAAGUUGGAAAAAUUUAUUCAGGCAAAGUCGCUAAUAUUGUUCCGUUCGGAUGUUUCGUACAGUUAGAAGGAUUAAGACGAAGAUGGGAAGGUCUAGUACAUAUUUCACAAUUACGUCGCGAAGGUCGUGUUGUUAAUGCCAGCGAUGUUGUAUCUCGUGGUCAGAAAGUUUUAGUGAAAGUAUUAAAUAUUAAUGGUCAAAAAGUUUCAUUGACUAUGAAAGACGUUGAUCAAGAAAGUGGACGGGACUUGAAUCCAAUUUUACCAUUAACAAAAUCCGAAGAAGACGAAAAACACUUGAGGAAUCCUGAUCGACCAACUUCACUUUUAGAAUUACAAGGUAAUAUUGACGACGAUGAAACACAUUCCCGUAAACGAGUUCAACGUAUUUCAUCUCCUGAACGAUGGGAAAUAAAACAAAUGCUUGCUGCUAGUUGCAUUGAUCGGAGUGAAUUACCGGAAUUCGAUAUGGAAACGGGAGUACUUCCUCGUGAGGAUGAUGAGGAAGAAGAUGUAGAAAUAGAGCUAGUUGAAGAAGAUCCACCUUUUCUUCAUGAUCACGAUAGAGCCCUCCGGGACUUAAGUCCCAUUCGGAUUGUCAAAAAUCCCGACGGUUCAUUAGCACAAGCUGCGAUGAUGCAGAGUGCUCUUGCCAAAGAACGUAGAGAGCAAAAAAUGCUGCAGCGUGAACAGGAAGUGGAUGCGGCACCUCCCGGCUUCAACAAAACUUGGAUAGAUCCUCUCCCCGACACUGAAAAUCGAACAUUGGCUUCAAAUAUGCGCGGUAUUGGAUUACAAUCACAAGAUUUACCUGAAUGGAAGAAACACGUGAUUGGUGGUAAAAAAUCUUCUUUUGGAAAAAAAACUAAUUUAACUCUUCUUGAACAACGUCAAAAUUUACCAAUUUUUAAGCUAAGAGAUGAUUUAGUAAAAGCCGUAACAGACAAUCAAAUUUUAAUUGUUAUCGGUGAAACUGGUUCAGGAAAGACAACUCAAAUUACACAAUACUUGGCAGAAGCUGGAUUUACCGCACGUGGAAAGAUAGGUUGUACUCAGCCGAGACGAGUAGCCGCAAUGUCUGUUGCUAAAAGAGUAGCGGAAGAAUUUGGAUGCCGGCUUGGUCAAGAAGUUGGUUAUACCAUUCGAUUUGAAGACUGCACAGGUCCUGAAACAAAUAUCAAAUACAUGACAGACGGUAUGCUUCUUCGUGAAUGUCUAAUGGAUCUUGAUUUAAAAACAUAUUCAGUGAUUAUGUUGGAUGAAGCUCAUGAACGUACCAUUCAUACUGAUGUCUUAUUUGGAUUGUUAAAACAAGCAGUUGAAAGACGACCAGACUUAAAACUUAUUGUUACAAGUGCAACUCUUGAUGCAGUAAAGUUCUCUCAGUACUUCAAAGAAGCUCCAAUUUUUACAAUACCUGGACGUACAUUUGAAGUAGAAAUAAUGUACACAAAAGAACCUGAAACAGAUUACUUGGAUGCUGCUUUAAUCACUGUUAUGCAAAUUCAUUUACGAGAACCACCUGGAGAUAUUUUAUUAUUUUUAACUGGUCAAGAAGAAAUUGACACGGCCUGCGAAAUUCUUUACGAGCGUAUGAAAUCAUUGGGUCCAGACGUUCCUGAACUUAUAAUUCUUCCAGUAUACUCAGCAUUACCAUCUGAAAUGCAAACUAGAAUUUUUGAACCUGCACCACCUGGAUCUCGUAAAGUUGUAAUUGCAACAAAUAUCGCUGAAACAAGUCUUACGAUUGAUGGCAUUUACUAUGUCGUUGAUCCAGGAUUUGUUAAACAAAAAGUUUAUAAUUCGAAAACUGGUAUGGACAGUCUAAUCGUAACACCGAUUAGCCAAGCUGCGGCAAAGCAGCGCGCAGGUCGCGCGGGAAGAACUGGUCCCGGAAAAUGUUAUAGGCUCUACACAGAAAGAGCUUACAGAGAUGAAAUGUUACCGACACCAGUUCCUGAAAUUCAACGAACAAAUUUAGCGACCACAGUACUGCAAUUAAAAACAAUGGGUAUUAAUGAUUUAAUAAACUUCGGAUUCAUGGAUCCUCCUCCCGCAGAAUCAUUAGUAAUGGCUCUUGAGUUAUUGCACAGUCUCAGUGCUUUAGAUAAUGAGGGUUUACUUACUAGAUUAGGAAGAAGAAUGGCUGAAUUUCCAUUGGAGCCAAAUCUCUCAAAAAUGUUAAUUAUGAGUGUCCACUUGCAAUGCUCUGAUGAAAUACUGACAAUUGUUAGUAUGUUGUCUGUGCAAAAUGUCUUUUAUCGGCCGAAAGACAAACAAGCAUUGGCUGAUCAGAAAAAAGCUAAAUUUAAUCAAGCUGAAGGAGAUCAUCUUACUCUUUUGGCAGUUUAUAAUUCUUGGAAAAACAAUAAAUUCAGUAACGCAUGGUGUUACGAGAACUUUGUUCAAAUACGGACAUUGAAACGAGCCCAAGAUGUGCGAAAACAGCUGUUAGGAAUUAUGGACAGACAUAAGCUUGAUGUCGUAUCAGCAGGAAAAAAUACUGUUAGGGUUCAAAAAGCUGUCUGCUCAGGAUUCUUCAGAAAUGCAGCAAAAAAAGAUCCUCAAGAAGGCUACCGUACUUUGGUCGAUAGCCAAGUGGUGUACAUUCAUCCUAGUAGUGCUUUAUUUAAUCGACAACCUGAGUGGGUAAUUUACCACGAGUUGGUCCAAACAACUAAAGAAUAUAUGAGAGAAGUCACGACCAUUGAUCCAAAAUGGCUCGUUGAAUUCGCUCCAGCUUUCUUCAAAUUUAGUGAUCCCACUAAGCUUAGUAAAUUCAAGAAAAAUCAACGUCUUGAACCGCUUUAUAACAAAUAUGAAGAACCCAACGCUUGGAGAAUUUCACGAGUACGUCGUCGACGUAAUUAAAUUUAUUUUAUGAAUAUAUAUAUAUUGAUAUGUAUAUUAGCUUUUUUAUGACAUGAUUUAAAUCAUUAUGUGAUAAUUACUUUUAGAAUAAUCUAUUAGUAAAUAAAAUAUUGUUAUUAGCAUUUCAUUGUAAAUAUUUAUAAAAUAUAUUUAUUAUAGAAAAAUAAAUAAACUAAGUACGUUUUAAUAAU